AUGGAUUGGCUCUUGAGCGCCUUUCUCGUACUUUCGGCAAGUCUGGAUGUCGUCAAAGCGCAGAACUUGGCUCUGGAACAGCCGCAGUUGAGUCCCGAGCUUGUCUGCGGCUUCCGAUGUAUGGCCAAAUGUCUCUCUUCGGUUCGUUUAUUUGUUUGAGAUUUCUUGGAAAAUUGGGAAAAGCCUUUUCUCUCUGAAAACACUUUUUUCAAGGCUGUUAUUAAUCCUAAAGAUUUAUUAUUCGAAUGUUUUUAGCGACUUCCUUUAAAAAUUAUUUGUUUUAGAAUUCAUCUAUCGAAUUUUGCCGCCAGACGUGCCUGCCCUACUCAUUCAAAAGUCCUUGUGUAAGCUUUAAAAGUUGAAAACGUGCCUAUUCUGUGAACAAAUCAGACGACAGACAGCUGCCGCGCGAACUGUGAUGACUUGGGUCCUCCUCGAACUUUGGCUUCGCCUCCCAAUCUUCGCAGUUCGAAGCAGAGCGGCGGCAACGACCUUCUCUGGGAUCCUGUGUCUGGAGACGUCGUCUACGUCCUUCUAUACAAAAUCGCUUCGGCGGUGGGCUACGAUACAAACGACUUCAUUGUGAGUGCUAAAAUUGUAUAUCAUAGUUUGAACGCAAUAGCUCAAAGCUUCAAUAGUUUCUUUAGAUAUUAGCGAUUGCUCCUAAAAUCGAUUUUCUAGAUGACACACACCUCAUCAAGAAAAAAAAAUUCGGAUUCCUACAUUUUUCAGGUUUCUCGGCAACCAAAAUUGACUAAUUUCGUCCCCCCGAAACUUUCAAUUUGCAACGCUUUUGACGCCAGGUUCAACUUCUACUCUCACAACUUGGAAGAACUUCUUUUUUUCUCAGAGUUUCCGCCUUUUCUGCGGACGGAGCCGCACCUUUCAGCUCUGUUCUCCGAGUUUCUCCGCCAUCGCCUCAAGUCAACCCGAAGCUUUCGUUGCUGGAUACUGAGUAUCUCGUGAGAAAAGUUUCAUCUACAGACAAUUUUCUUUUUUUUUUAGAAUCGUCCUUUUGUCAGCGAUUUUUAUGAAGCAAAUGGUACUUUGCGGGUCAACUUUCAUUACGACAUUAUAUGUAAGUCUGAUUAAUUUUUCAAACUGAUGGUGGAGAAUAUUAUGUUAAUUGUUUUUGAACAGAUUGGCCCCCAGGUGAGAAAGAUCUGGAGGUCACGCCACUGUUUCAUCUGAUUGCUUGCGCGAAGCCGGAUCUCAGCCAGGGCUAUCCUUUGCCCGAAUUCGUGAGUUUUCCAAUCUUUCUGUUUUCCCAGUUUUUAUCACCUUCAAUAGUGCGAUUCUGAACUCUCUUGAAAUAGAAAAGUUGCAGAUGCAAUCGGGUCAGCCUCAAACAUUGUCGGGAGAAAUGGGCGCUGAUCUGAUGUACCGAGAAUGUCGAUUUGUGUAUUAUCUACAAGUUAGUUCAGCAGUUUCGGAAUGACAGAACAAAUGGAAGAUUUCAGAGCGCCCGAAGUCGAAUGUGUGGAACUUCGAGUGAAAUGCACUCGCCACCGCCGGACGCUCUGCAAACGAUGACUAUCAGUGGGUUUUCUGAGUUUUUAAAAUUAAUAAUGCAAUUGGCUUGCCUAGUUCAUCGUUACAAUGAGAAGACUGUCUUCCACUAAUUUUUUGGUUAUCUAACUGUAUUCGACUACUUGAUAACGAAAUAUGAAAGCAGUUUCAAGACAGAAAAAUCUGAAAUUGUUCUUUCUAUUUUGACUGAAAAGUUCGAAAAGAAAAAAGUUAAGAAUGCGACUCUGUGAGGAACGCGCCGUGCACAACUCCUGUCGUGUACGCCCAUCCGGCUUGUGGCCAAGUCGACGGCCUCAAUUACGCGGUAUUUCUGAAAGACUUUUCCUCUGAAACAUGAUACUUUAGAUUUUGAAUGAGAACUACGACCUAGAUGACGUCAACCAGAAUCUCACACUCAACGUCAGUUUCAACCCGAUGCAGAGGGCCAACGAGGGACCUACACUCUACUAUGUCGGCAUCUACGGCGACGCCCUCAACUACAAGACCCAAGAAGAGGUCAGAACCUUUUUCCUCUAAACAAUAGCCCUCUCACAACCAAAAAUAUUCUCUCCAAGUUAUAAGUCUUCGAGAAAUUUUCGGAGUCAUGAAUAAUCUUCUUGGAAAGGAUGGAUUUGGCCUAAAAAUGCCUGAAGAACCUGAACUGCAUGAUGAACCUCUAACCUGUCAUUUUCAUGAGGAGUGCACGAUAAUUUUUCACUAUAAAAACGUACUAACAGUAUUUUCUGUAAAAUAGUCAAUGAAACUAACAAUUAAAAUCCUGGGAUUAUUUAACUCUUGAUUCAGCAUGGUUAAAGGUCUUCCUAGAACGAGUUAUAAAUUGCCUGAUCAUUUUUGAGGAGGAUUUUAGGCUAAACUAACUUUCCAAAAAGUAACUGGAUAUGAAACUCUAACAAAAAUCAUCAAAAACAUGAAGUUUAUAAAACAAAGUUCGUUGAAAAAAGCAAAAACUUUUUCGAUGACUUCAAAUAAAAUAUUACAUCGAAAAAUAAUUGAAACCGAGCUCACUUCAUCAAAACUAUACUUUUCUCUGACCACAAAAGAUCAAAAAGAAUAACAUGAACCUUUCUGCAGUUUAAAACUCAAGUUGCACGUUUCUAAUCCAACUCGAAAUGUUGACAAAAAGCAUGAAAACGGCCGAGAAAUAACCGCUUAGAAACUCAGCUGGCUACGGGGUGCAGUUGCAGGAGACGUUCCUCGGCGUCAACAUCACGCGGCUCAUCGGAAGCGUCAGCAGUUGUUUGGCCUUGGAUCGGAACGGCUUUUGCGAGGUCAGUCCCAGCAAUUCCCAGCUGAAGUUCUUUUUAGAUGAACACGCCGAAUAAUUCGCUCGUCGUGAGCGGGAUUCAACCCAAACAUCUCUAUGGGAUAACUGUUUGCGCUGUGAAGGAUCCACGGAACCUCACUUUUCCCGACGUCAUGUCGCAAUCGAGAGCUAUCAAGCCGAAAGCCAACCGAUUGAUGAUAAUGAAAAAAGGUUGGUCAUUCUACCUGUCUUUCAAUUACAUGACAAAAUAGACAAAAGCUGAAUGUGCGCUCUAUGGCUUAUUCAUAAAAAAUUUUUGUGUGCUCUGAAAUGCAGCGCCAAAAGGACGCCGCAACUCUUUCUCUGACACACACUAUUUCGUCGUUAUCUAGCUGCGAGAAAACGACGAAAUAGUGUAAAGAGUUGUGCCCAGUUGUCUUUUUUUUCGAAAAAAGUUAGUUUUUUUCAUGUUGCGCCUCACUGAUUAUCCGUUGAGCGCACAUUCGCCUGAAAGGAAGACUUUCACGGCUAUUUUGUCGUUAACCCUUAUUUUUUGAAGAUAUCACCUUGCAGACUUUGCAAACCCCAUGGAACUAACCUCUCUUAUCACUACCACAAUGACUAACAUUCUUGAAACUUCGCUGAUAUCGCCCACUGACUAUAUUCCAACCGAUUCCGUCUCCACUAGUUUUGCUCUGGAAGCCGAGAGCUAUCAAAUAUGGGAGGAGCCGGGAUAUUCGCAAGAAAUGGAGGAAGACAUGUCCUUAGAUGGCCAUGAAAACGACACUCUUUUGUUGAUAAGCCGUUUGAAAAGAAGCGAAAACUCGGCAGCAUCGGCUGAAUCCGUUGACGCUUCCUUAUCCGGUGAAACCUUGCCAGUCUCAUCUCAAAACGAGACUAUAUUCGGAAUGAACGAUUCUAUGAACUUUAAAAACGAGACGGACUAUACAACGCCAGAAAAUCUAACAAUGACCACCAGCUUUUCUGAAAUGGAACGAAGGAGUAGGAAUGGUGAGGAGGGAAGCUUCCUUCUACCGCCUCAGCUGCAGAAUUUCGAAGAUUUUCGGCUGUUUCCGCUUUAAAAUUUGUUUUUUUUUUGAGUUCACAUGCCACGUAUAACCUAUCCACCGUUAAGCUUUGCGAAUUCGCACUUGCAAAUAAUAUCGCUUGUUUAUUAUUUUUUCGGCUCAAAACAUGAGAAAAAGUAGCGAAUAGCGAUUCAGCUCCUCUGUGUUUGAUAUGUUGCGCUUUCUGCUGCUUCUUUCAAAAACUUCUCUUUUUUUUCUUUCUCUAUCCAAUUUUUGAUUUUUUUUUUUCUUGCUCCUUUUGGCUAACCAUGGAGCCUUUUUUUUCGUCGAAUGAGAAAAAAAUGGAUUUGCAGAAGUUGGAAAGAACCACGCCGGCAUGAUCGUCGGAAUCGUUCUUGGCUCCCUGGCCGCUCUGGCCUCGCUUGUCGUAGCCGUCUUGUUUUACCUGAAAAGGAAACAUCGGAAACAGGAAAAACUCUACAAGCUCAAAAUCGCUCAGAUUGAGAGAGAGAAACAGAAUCGAUACACCGAUUUUCCUAAAAAGUGCAUCAUUUUCCUAGAACAGAACUUGAGGUUCUUAUUUUCAGGCACGAUAUCUGGGAGAUUGAACGUCGGAAUUUGAUAAUUCAUAAUGACAAAAAGUUGGGGUCUGGAGCUUUUGGCGCGGUUUACCUUGGUAAUAAUUACCAAUGAACAAUUCAGUUCAAAAAAGUGUUCAGGUAAAUUGAUCGGAAAGUCUCUGGGUCAUAAAGACGCGAAUUCUCCACUCGGAAUCAACUUGAUGAGAGCAGAAAACUGUCAGGUUUGUAGAAACUCAGCGAAUAAUGAGAAAAUUUCUGUUUCUCAGGUUGCCAUAAAGAUGCUUCCCGAGUACGCUGAUGACAUGUCGAAAAGCGAGUUUUUGAUGGAAAUCAGUUUGAUGAAAUCUCUGGGUUAUCACGAGAGGUUGGUCCAAACAUUUGGAAGGAAAAUGCCGCAUUUAAUUUUAAUUUAAAUAGUCAAGUCACUUGAGACCAUUGUUUUUUUCAAAGUCGGACUAUGUAGAAAAGGAAAAACUCGCCUGCAAUAACUGGAGACGUCGUUUUGCAAAUGUAAAAUAUAGAUUUACUUCGGCAAUUGAUCAAAUUUUCUGUCUGAAUCUACAAAUGGCAUGAAAUCAAAACUUCAAAAUGUUUCGCUGUUACUGGAGUACUAGAUCGGAAAAUAUCCCUUCCUUUCAUGUUGUACUUUUUUCGUUUCAGACUGGUGAACAUGCUGGCGUGUAUCACGGACAGCGAACCGUUGUGUCUCGUCGUGGAGUACUGUAGCGACGGAGACCUGCUGCAGUUCUUGAGGGAGCGCUGCAAGUACAUGAUGAAGGUGAGACCAGCUCCUCGAUCCCGCCAACGUCUUCUAGCUUGACGAACUCGGCAUCAAUUACCACGAGGCUCCCGAGGACGACAACUUCGACUUGGACAUGAUCGUGACGCUGAAGCAGCUGCUGCAGUUUGCAGUCCAGAUCAGCUACGGCUUGGUGCUUCCCACGUCUUCUCAUUUAACUCUGAACGAAAUGUUUGCAGGAAUACUUAUCGCAGAAAGGCUUCGUGCAUCGCGACGUCGCCGCCCGGAACGUCCUUGUCCACGACGGCAACAUCUGCAAGAUCGGCGAUUUCGGACUCUGUCGCUACAUUUACGGCGACACCGGUCAAUACAAAAGCAAGGUUAGUUUUUCUUGAUGAACUAAUUUCGUCGAUCUGUUUUCAAGCAUAUCUAAAAGCCUUCCAGGCCUACUACGAAAGAAUGUCAUAUGCUUUUUCUUUUCUGUUUUUGUGCUUUUUCCAUUGAUUACCUUCAGGGAGGCCGUCUGCCGUUGAAAUGGAUGUCUCCAGAGUCCAUUCGCAACUACGAGUUUUCGAUUAAAAGUGACGUGUGAGUGGAAGUCUUACUGAUGGUUAAAUGUUUUUAUUUGUUUUUCAGGUGGUCUUUCGGUAUUCUUCUGUUCGAAAUCAUCACUCUAGGAGGCUCUCCGUAUCCUGGAAUUGCACCGGAAGACAUGCUGACAUUCCUGGAGAACGGCGGUCGGAUAGAGCAGCCAGAUAAUUGUCCGCAGAACUUGUGAGUCGAAGGAGUUUUCAAACACUAUUCAUAACACACAUUUCAGUAGUAAUCCAGUAAUCAAGUUUUUUAAACGGUAAAUGUCUUCAAUUUUGGGGUUUCAAAGUUUGAACAUUUAGAAAUUGAACAGAAAGGAUAAAAGUGAGUCAAAAAGUGUUUAGGAAACAAAAAAACGGUUUAAUUUUUUGAAUUCUCGUAACUUUUCUCAAAAAAUUGAAUAUUUAACCCAGCGUAUUAGAGAUAAGAGUAAAAAUAAUGAAGCUGUUUCGUAGCUACUCGUUGAUGGAAGAAUGUUGGCAAGGGAUCCCGGAGGAAAGGCCUGAGUUCUCGGACAUCAGACAGAAGCUCGCCUCUCAGCUCGAGGAAAUCACUGGUAACUACUUUUUGAUCAUUCGGCAAUUUUUCCCUCUUCGUUUCUUCCCACUCGGAUAUAGUUUGAACUCAUGCUGUGGCUUUCAAAGGAGACUAGGAUCAAUAAAAACUCCACCAUUUGGAAAAUAUCCAAAAAAUUUUUUGAUGAAUAUGGCUCGGCUUUCCAAUUUUUGAGCCCAGAUGUAAGAUUAAGGGGAAAAACUAUAUCUUAUGCAUGACCUUAGUCUGAUUUGAAAGCUCCACUGUGAGAUCUGACUGUUUCUUUGUUAGUUCAUCUAUGUUCUCGAAAAAUUGCAUGGUAGUCAUUUACCUUGCGGGACUUUUUUUCGUUCUUUUCGACCCUCUUUUGUGUUUUCAGAGGACUACAGUUAUCUGAAGCUCGACGCGGCCAAGGACUACUAUAACGUCCAAUACGAUGAUCACAAGGUUCUUUUUUGAAAGUUAGCUCUUUGAAGAUGAUUGGGAACGUUUUUUAUCCUCUGAAUGAAGCUCGACUGUUGUUCAAAGAACGAAAUUUCUCUUCAUUUUGAGUUUUGAGAACGAAAAAAAAUUUAUGAGGCUUAAGUUUCCCCUUUUUAGUUUCUCCGUCGGCUAAUUUUUAAACUUUACAACAUUUUCAAAUUGAAAAAAUCGACGAAUGAGAGUAUUGAACAGCAGGACGUGGUGAUCGUGCCGGAGAGCGGGAAAAUGACGAGGAUUUCUCGAGACAGCCUUCCGGUCGACGACUCCUUCGACGGCAGCGAGAAGAGCCACUCGACAUGGAAGUCGCGUGAAGACGUCAGACAUCUUGACGACGUCGACGUCAUCUCCAUCGAUGCUCGAAGCCUCAACGGCACUUACAACACACAAAAAGCAUCUUGUUAG